AUGGCUACGCACUCGGGGAGCAAUCGCCGCGCCCAGUCGGGCGGCUAUCUUCCCAUUGAAGACUAUGGCAUUGUGGGCAACAUGCAUACAUGCGCUCUUGCUGGGCUAGAUGGAAGCAUAGACUUCAUGUGCUGGCCUGACUUUGACUCGCCAUCCGUCUUCUGUCGUCUCCUUGAUAAGAACAAGGGGGGCUAUUUCAGCAUCUCUCCGCCCGAUGAGUUCGCCUGCACUACGAAACAGCAAUAUCUCCCUUCUUCGUGCAUUCUGCAAACCAGGUACAUUCACGAAGAUGGUGUCGUUGACGUGGUGGACUUCUUUCCCCGGCCCAAGAGUGCAAAGGUCAUGACCAAAGGGUACAAGCAAAACGCCUAUCGCGAGGCCAUCAAUGUCCAAGAAGAGUUGAAGAAAUGGGUUGUACGACGUGUAGAGUGUAUUCGUGGAUCAUUACCUAUAAAUGUUGAAAUCUUUCCUGCAUUCAACUAUGGGCGAGAUUCUCACGAGACUACACUUCUACAGAAGACUCAUACACCGGAGCAUCAAAAAAGCAAGAUAGGAACCUUUCACAGCAAGGAUGUUAAGCUUCAGCUGGACGUUGCCGUCGAUAAGGGAGAUGGACACGACUGCGGCCAGAUAACUUUCGAAAAAGUUAAAAAGGAUGGGAUGCUUGGCGAAGGCAUCGUAUCUCACUUUACUUUACGCGCCGGCCAAUCAGUGUCAUUUGUCCUGAGGAAUGACAUUCCCAAUCACAUUACGGAAGUCAUUACAGACGCAGUUGUGGAUAGUCAACAGCACGACACGCAGACAUUUUGGUACAACUUCAUCUCUCAAUCCAAGUACAAGGGGCGCUGGAGAGAGGUCGUAUCGCGAAGCUUAAUGAUUCUGAAAUUGCUUACUUACGAACCGACCGGCGCCAUUAUUGCAGCUCCCACCUUCUCUUUACCUGAAGACGUAGGGGGCGUGAGAAACUGGGAUUAUCGUUAUUCUUGGGUCCGAGACUCGAGCUUCACCAUAUACAUUCUUCUCCGGCUUGGCUUCAGAGCUGAGGCAGAUGCAUAUAUGGAUUUCAUCAUGGAGCGAUUCACUCCAGACCGAGGACCCGAUAAGGGCCUUCCUAUAAUGUUUACUAUUCGUGGAGGCACUGACAUUCCUGAAGUCACUCUAGAUCACUUUGAAGGCUAUCGAGGCAGUGCCCCUGUUCGCAUCGGUAAUGGUGCAGCUUUCCAUCUUCAGUUUGAUGUGUAUGGCGAAUUGAUGGACUCCAUUUAUCUGUAUAACAAAUAUGGAAAGCCAGUGUCCUGGGACAUCUGGUGUGCCGUACGACGGAUGCUAGAUUACGUCUUGACCAUUAUUGGCAAAACCGACAUGUCUAUUUGGGAAGUGCGCGGAAACAAGCAACGGUUCACCAUUUCUCAAAUCUUCCUCUGGGUAGCAUUUGAUCGCGGCCUUCGACUUGCAGAGAAAAGAUGCCUUCCAUGUCCCAAUAGAGCAAAAUGGCUCGAGGCUCGUGAUAAUCUUUACGAGGAAAUUAUGGAAAAAGGUUACAACACGGAGCUCAAGUCCUUUGUUCAAAGCUACGAAGCCAAUACAGUGUUGGAUUCGUCUAUCUUGCUGGCUCCUCUGGUAUUCUUUAUAGCUCCAAGUGAUCCUCGUUUUGUGAACACAAUCAAUCGCAUAAUGCUGCCUCCAGAACAAGGAGGAUUGACGAGCACUGGGUUGGUAUAUCGCUACGACACAGAUGAGUCAGACGAUGGCGUUGGAGGAAGAGAUGGAGCCUUCUCUAUCUGCACGUUUUGGCUCGUCGAGGCUAUGACUCGUGCAAGCAUUCAUGAGCCCCAGUAUCUUCCCCGAGCUAUGAACCUUUUUCAGAAUAUGCUGCAAUUCUCAAACCACUUGUCCAUGUUCUCCGAGGAGAUUGCACGAAGUGGCGAGCAGCUAGGCAACACACCGCAGGCUUUUAGUCACCUGUCACUUAUCAGUGCGGCCUUCAAUCUUGAUCGAGUUUUUGAAGGAUGGCAAGACUCUCGCACUUGA